GGGGCGGAGCCCGCCCGAGGGCUACUCGGUGGUGGGUGAGGGACGAGCUUUCGCUCUAGUUGCCACCACAGGAGUCCUGGGUCCUUGGAGGGAGAGAGGCAACGGCCCAAGAAGUGCCAGGAGCAAGACGUGGAGGCAUCACCCUAGAGGGCCUAAACGCGAAAGAGAAUCCUACUUGGAGGAGUUGCUGAAAGAUACCAGGCGGCCAUCGAGGAAGCCGAGGCUGGGAGCCACUGGUGGCGACCUUUCCAGGGUGCGUUUUCUUCGUGGGAUGCUAUGGAGUUUCCAGAACACAGUCAACAACUGCUGCAGAGCCUCCGGGAGCAGCGGUCCCAGGGCUUCCUCUGUGACUGCACGGUGAUGGUGGGUAGCACCCAGUUCUUGGCUCACCGGGCCGUGCUGGCCUCCUGUAGCCCUUUCUUCCAGCUUUUUUACAAGGAGCGGGAACUGGACAAGAGGGAUCUGGUGUGUAUUCACAACGAGAUUGUCACUGCCCCGGCCUUUGGGCUGCUGCUGGACUUUAUGUAUGCCGGUCAGCUGGCCCUGCAGGGAGACACUCCCCUGGAGGAUGUCCUGGCGGCUGCCAGCUACCUGCACAUGAAUGACAUAGUCAAAGUGUGUAAGCAGAGGCUGCAGGCCCGGGCCCUGGCAGAGGCUGACAGCACCAAGAAGGAGGAGGAAGCAAGUGCACAGCCCCCUGGCUUGGAGUUCCUGUCCAGCACUUCCCAUGGUCCUCAGCCUUCACUGGCAUCUACUGAAACAUCAGGCCAGUGGGGCAAAGAGGAAUGGAAGAGUCCAGCCACUCCCUUACCUGCUGUUCGUUCUCUAGAGGAGCUACCUGUGGCUGGUGGCGCCGACACCACACAGCCUGGCAUGGAGGUGGAUUCAUCGCACCUGCGGGCAGUGCCCCCACCAGGAGCAGAUGGCUCUGUGUCUCUAGCCAGUCCUAGUAGCUCCACAGAGGCCCUCCCUGCAAACUACUUUCCUUCUGGCCUCCCCACAGUUUCAGUGGAGCCCCUGACUCCCCUUGGCGUGGGUGCUGAGAGCCUGCAGGUGGUGGAGGCUCCAGACCCUGGAGGGCCACUGCAAAGCUUCUACCCUGCAGCACCAGCCCCAGCUCCAGGUGAAGCCGAGUUGGUCCAGGUGAAAGUGGAAGCUAUUGUGAUCUCUGAUGAGGAGACAGAGGUGACUGAGGAACAGCCUCAGGGUCCUGAGAGUCUGUUUUCACCUGCAGGAGCGGUGUUCGGACAGCCCGCCCAGCACCCCCACCCAGCCCAGCCAGCCCAGCCCCAGGCUUUUGAGGAGUCUGGGGGCAUGGGCCUGGAGGAGGUGGGACCAAGUGACCACUUCCUGGCCCCUGAUACUCACCUGCCCUACCACAUACUGCCAGGUCCUGGGCAGUACCCUCGAGGACUGGUGACCUCACCCUUGCCCACACCCCCAGCCUUGCAUGAGUCACUGUAUCCAUCCUCUGAUUUUGAAGGAGCCCCAGGAGGUUUUGGGGUCUUUACUGAGGACGUUCCUACCUGCAAGACCUGUGGGAAGACCUUCUCAUGCUCCUACACACUCCGGCGACACGCCACUGUGCACACUCGAGAGCGGCCCUAUGAGUGCCGUUACUGCCUGCGCAGCUACACCCAGUCAGGGGACCUCUACCGCCACAUCCGCAAGGCGCACAACGAGGACCUGGCCAAGCGCAGCAGAACUGAUCCAGAGGCUGGCUCUGUUCUGGUGGUGCACCCCGCUCCUGCCUCCCCAACAGCAGACAGACAGAACAGCAGUGGAGGAGGGCCUCCCAAAGAAUUUGUGCUUGGCCCUAAAAACUGAUUUCUGAGUGCAGGAACUGUUGCCAGGCUUGCUCUUUGCCUUCUUCGCCUUAGAUGGCAGCACUGAGGUGGGAGGUAUCUCAUUGCUCCAUUUUUUGGGGGGACAGGGUCUUGCUAUGCAGUUCAGGAUGGCCUUGAACUGGCUUUGUAUCCCAGGCUAUCCUCAAAUUCCUAGCAAUCCUCCUGCCUCAGCCUCCUGAAUGCUAGGAUUACAGGUGUGCAUCACAAUGCCCCCCCCCUUUUGAGGCAGAAUCUCACUCUGUAGUCAAGGCUGGCCUUGAAAUCACAGCAAUUCUGCUUCAACUCCCUUGGUGCCCAGCUCAUCUCAUCACUCCUGCUGUGACAGAAUGAAAUUUCUGCGGGGCAGAAAGCUCCUCCUGUCCUUCUCCGUCCUCCAAUCCAGAUAAGCAGGACUUAGGCAGAGCAGGUCUGCCUGGGAGCUCUGGAAGCCUUCGGAGGUGUAGCCACUGCUCCACAUGGUGGAACAUAAAAGCUCCUGUGAAAUGACCUCUGUGAGCUGGUGUCAGCUGCUUUCUUUCAGGAACCUGCGUGUUGUCAUCAUCUCCCCAAUUCUUUUAUCCGACAGCUGUCUUGGGUAGGAGGGUGGGUCUGAUCGCUUAUGAGGAAAAAAAUGAGACAGGCUGAAGUUGUUGUAGGUCUUAUUAGGAAAGGUGUACAAAUCAGGGCAUCUUGGGCUGGGGAUUUAGCUCAGUGGUUCCACUGCCUGCCACACAAGUGCAAGGACCCGAGUUCGAUCCCCAGUACUCAAAACAAAUUAGGGCAUUUUACAUAAUUAUGGCUUGUAAUUGCAUUCUGGGCUAUAUUGUGAUUUUCAUAUAAAUCAUCAUCUAAUCCUCCAUGUUAUGAGGUACUUAUCCCUGCCCCACUUUUUUUAAGACAGGGUCUUGCUGUGUAGUCCAGACUGGCCUUAAAUGCUCUAUGUAGCCCAGGCUGGCUUCGGACUCUUGACUGCCUGCCUCAUCUGAGUGCUGGGAUUACAGAUGUGCACCACCACACCCAACUCCCCCUUUGUAUUUUAGGUGAGAAAACUUGAGGCUCAAAAAAAUACAAGUUAAUUUAUGUUCAGUCACCAGCUGUUUAAGGUCGUCAGGAUGCAGACCUGGCUGUGCCACCAGGUGCCAUUCAUGGCAUGUUUUUUUCUGUCCUUCGGAGCACUUGGCUUUGUUGCUGUCAUUUCUGCUUUCCACAUGAAAGACUCAUGGUUGGCCGUGUUGGCACUGAGCACUGUGUUGAUCCCCGGGCAUCGGCCAAAGUGUGCACUGGACUUUGGCAGAGAGUAAAGUGACUGGCAGGAACUUGGGGCACUGUGCGGUGUGGAAGUGGCAGUGCUUGGGAGAAGCUACAGCCAGUGGCCCUGUGAGCAGCCCUUAUGCUUAUCUAGUCCCACUCCUGCCCUCCAAGUAUGAUGACCACAGCCUGGAGGGUCGCUGAGGUCAGGGGGGCAUCUGCUGACCGUAUACAGGGUUGCUGUGGGGUAGAGGGAAGUGAUGGAGCUGCAGGGCACCCCAGAAACCCCUCUUUACACAUGGGCCUGGCUGUGCGUAAGGAACACAGGGAGAGGUGGAAGUCUGGAGUCUUUUCCCUCUUUGGAUCUGUGUGUCUACUUUCAGCACUCUAGUGCUUCCCAGGAAGGAGACAGAAAUGAGCAGAAAGAUGCAGCUGGGAAAGCUCCUUUGCCAGGACAUCACAGGGAGCAGAAGCCGAUGAUGCCUAAUAUUUUUCACUGCAGAAAGCAGGAAAGCUAAAGCCAGGUCAUGGUGGCACACCCUGUAGUUCCUGCUACUUGGGACGCUGAAGCAGGAUUGAUUAAGCCUAUGAGUUUGAGGCCAGCCUGGGCAACAGCCAGACCCUGUUUCUAAAAAGUUAAAAAAUAUG